ACAGGGCUCACUUCGCCCGCUUGUUGUUGAUCCUGUACGACCCUUGGUCAUUCUCAUCAAUUCGGUGAUUCUUGGCUGGAUUUACAAUUGUCAAUCUUGCUUAAUACUACGUCUUCCAAAUUCCUGACAUUACAUCAUCAUAGUGUGUUAUCGUGUCCGGGGAAAGGCCCCAUUCUCAGAUUCCUAUCGACUGCGGUUCAUCGACUCAGACAUUAGAGAACGCCAUCAUCCACGAUUCCAAUUUAGUUGCCAGUCCCAUCGCAUGGUGCAUUCCUCGGAUCGGGGGAUCUGAAUAGAUCUCCUUCGGUAUUUCUCCUUCGGUAACCCCGACAUUCCAGACCAUCGAUAUCGUACGGAGCAUUCACAACCGCCGUCAUCAUGUCCGACUCGGGACUCACGGCUCCCGGGAGCAGUUCGUACUCGUCGAAUACACUUCAUGUUGGAGAUGGCACUUGGGACACGCAGCGCGAUACCUUUUUGCUGCCCAAUCUGAUGGGUUUGAAUUUUGAAACGAUGCGAUACAAUGGCAUGGGCAAUCGGUUUAAAGAUAUGGCUGGGUACCAUUCCAUAAUAAUUGCGCACGGUGUUAUUGCAACAAUCGUUUUCCUGGGCCUCGUGCCCAUUUCGACCCUAAUCAUUCGAUACUACUCCCGAUGGAACCCAUUCUGGGCAUUCAAACUCCACGCGUGGUGUCAGAUACUCACACUUCUCUUGUCAACAGUGGUAUUUGUGCUGGGCUGGUUUGCCGUUGGCCCAAAGCGAAGCCUAACCAACCCACACCAUGGAAUCGGCCUAGCAAUCUAUGUGAUGGUGAUAUUCCAGGUUCUCUGGGGCUGGUUUAUGCAUAAAAAGGAGAGCAAACGAGUUCGCCAUCACGUCCCAUUGAAGCUUGUGAUUCAUCGGUGGAUAGGUCGAGCAUUGGCCCUUCUUGGACUUGCUCAGAUUCCAUUGGGUCUAACGCUCUAUGGCUCUCCCAAGGUGCUUUUCAUUCUCUACGCGGUCGGAGUUUUUGCCCUCCUAGUGACGUACUUUGUCCUUUCUUACCUUUACGACGAUGAAGGAUUCCACAUGGCAAGUGAACAUGGCAGCAGGUACACGGGUCCUUCGGUUGUGGAAGAACACCACGGAGGAGGUGGUGGUGGUGGUGGUGGCGGACUCGGCCCUGCUCUAGCUGGUGGCGCUCUAGGCGCAGGACUAGCUUCAUUGUUCAAACGACGCGGUCGCAGCCGUCACUCCAGCGAGGCAUACGAAGAGUCUCGGACAUCUUACUCGGAUGAAAAAUAUUCUGACGAGUCUUCUCGCCAUCACGGUGGUGGCGGGGGAUGGGGAAAGAAAAUUCUUGAGAUUGGCGCAUUGGCCGGUGCUGGUAUGCUUGCGAAGAAGUGGUGGGAUCGCAGACGACACCGUGAAGAAGAUACCGAGGUUGGCCGUUACAGACCUGCCCAUUCUCGCACCGACAGCUACACGGAAGACUCUCUUAGCAGGCUGGAAGACGGUCGACCAGAACCCGCUCGCCCGCCGGUCGCUGGGCGGCCCCCUAGCAGGCCUCAGAGUCCUGGGUCUUCAUACUAUUACAACAGCACAUAUUUGUCAGAGCAACCGGAACGCCGUCCGUCCCAUGGUGUAAGAGAUGCAUUGCUCGGAGCUGGUGCUUUUGCGGCUGUGAAACGGCUGUUCAGUCGCAACAAAGACAAGGACGACGAGGAAAAGCGCCGGUUGGAAGAUAUCCGCCGUCGGGAUGAGGAAGAUGAGGCUCUACAAAGAGCAAACAGCAAGCGGCGACGACCCGAUGCUGUUUCCGGUCCUUAUCCUCAACGGCGAAGGCCAAGCCCUUACACUGAAAGUGACUUAACGCCUACUGAUCUUACUCCUCGGCCACGGCCUCCGCGACUCGCAUCCGAAAGCUCCAUGCUCACUCCAGAGCCUAUGGCAACGGGAGCUGCUCAUGGUGCUCAUUCUGAUAUUCCUCCCCUUCCUCCCAUUCAUCAGGAGCUGUCUGGUGACUUCCCUCCUUCCGAACGGCCUCAUUCCCACCAUUCCCACCACGCAGAAGAGAUUGCAGCUGGUGCAGCUGCGGGUGCCGCACUGGGCGCUGCCUCUAGCCAUCGCCGUAGCAGCGUUAGUCGUCGCCGAGACGAUAGUCGGCAUCGAUCUGACCACGUCGAGUCUCCGCCGGUAUCAGUCAAAGUGAAGAUGCACAAUGACGGCCGUCACGUUACUCUUCGUCGUCUCACCGAAGAAGAAGCUGCGGCUCAACGCGAAGCACGACGCCGUGAGCGCAGAAAUUCGCGCCGUCGCGGCAGUAGUGCAGGUUCCCUCUCCGGCGACGAAGGUCGUGACUAUGAUCGUUGGCGUCGUGUCGAGGAGCUAGAGCGCCAACAAGCCGAGCAAAUUCGACGAGAACAACAAGCUGCCGCAGCGACAUCCGCUGCGCCGUCAGCAAGCGUGCCUCCCUCCUCAUUCCACCCCUCUCAAUCCCAAAUCAGCCAUAUGCCACCUCCUCCACCUGUCGCACCCGCGGCGCCCCCGAGCAUGCCCUAUGGUCCGGGCAGUGUCACUUCCCCCGGAACAUGGACCGGCACCGAAGCUAGCGGGUCAUACGCUAACAAUCGGCGCCGCCGGCGUGCGGAGCGAGCCCGAGCCAGGCAAGAGAGACAACAGCAUGGCGUGGAAUUUGAGUAAGCAUGGGUUGACACCUAAGCCCUCUUUGUUACCCCAUUUCAAAUCCCUUCUUUUGUGUUGCUUUUCUGUGAUGACCUGUACAAAACGAGUUUCUGGUUUUGUUGAUAUAACGGCCUCUUUCUCAUACCUUUUUGAUGUUCCUGUUUUUUCCCUCGAUUUUUACUAUGGAUAUGGAUCGCUAUGUUUGAUGGCUAUGGAAAUGAACGACUUGGACAGGACAUUUGUUUUUACUCGUUUGAUGAGGCAAGCGAAUCUAUGGGUCUUUUGUUUCUUGUACUUCUCAUUUACUGGGACAUGUUGGCGAGUCUUUUGGGUCGUUGACCACAAUAUCAUUUCCUUUUGCCCUUCUGCAUUCUUAUUAUUUUAUCGCGCUAUAACGGAUAAUUUUAAGAUUACUUGGGACCGUACUAAUGUGUUAUGUCCGUAUUGUUGUGGACUAUGG